AUGCCUUGGACUCUCCCUAGAGAGCCCUCAGCCCAGCCUUGGGCACAUGACGUCCCUCUCCUCAAGGAUUCGUCUAUUAAUACUAUCCUGUACCCCCUUCUGCGCUUCACGCUUCCUGCUUCACAGCUGGCAUUUGAUGAGGAUCGCCACAUCACAUUGUACUGGAACCUCCUACAAUAUCGCGAUGAAUUGCUGUUUAAAAUUGAUACAAAUCAGCUGGUAGACGAACAGGCUUGGCAUCCUGAGGUCGGGGUUGAUGGCCCGAGCGUAUAUAGCGUGGUUGCGCUGGAUCUGGCCAGACUCUGUACAAGUCCGAGAUUAUCCAUUGUCGUGUGCGAAAUUUGCUGGAUUCUUGGCAAUGCCAAAGAUUCAGGUAACUGCACAUACAGUCAUUCCAAAAAGUCUGUCCCAUGGCCUGAGCACUCGCUUAUGAGCUCAGGGGACUCGGAAAAAUCCCCCCCACCCAAAUUAGUACUGCAGGCCUUUCCCUGA